AUGUGUGUACGCCGAUGGCGACACUUUACAACGGCCGUCUUCGGAGAUCUAGAUAAACGGCAGUUUCACGAGUAUUCAGCCACCGAUUACGCUCGAGAACUCGACUGCAAGGACUGUGAAGUGAUACUGUUUAUUGAUAUAACAGGAGAGACCCUAUUAACGAAGACUGGAAGCGGCCACAUGGAGCUGCCAGCAGGUGUGCGUGUUGUUGCAAGAAGGGGAUCAACAAAGCUUGUCAUUAUGAGCGCCCCAAGAAUGGGACCAGCUACCGACAAGCACGAAGGACAUCGCCAUGUUCGCAUCCACCCAGAAUGCUCCCUGUGCGCCUGCUACUUUGACGUGGGCGAACGAAUGAUGGCCCUGAUUGGAGAUCGCUUCACCUUUGCCUGUCGAGUAGUUGAUGCCUCGACAUUUCCUAUCGCCAUCUACUGCAACCAAAAGCCCGGCACGCCUUGGACAUUUUGCCAGCUCCCGAGAUGUUCCAAGUGCGUCGGCGAGCUCGAAAGCGUCACGGUCCACCGAGACUGCUUCCAGUUAUUUCUUCAGCAAACACGCGAGCAUAAACACAUCACGGCACACCAUCUAUGGUAUGCCGCCCAUGCUCGGUACCCGUGGCGUGGUUUUUGGCCCUUGCCGCUGACCAUCUUGGAUCAUGACGCGGCGAGUCUUGCCCUGGCGCACGCUGCCACGCACUGGCACAUGCCUUGGGAUAUGCUUCCGAGUGAAUUGAUGCUACUGAUAUGCGACAACCUUCGACACACCACAUUCUGGCGCUAUGCUCUUGCCAAGGAGUUUAUUCGCAAGCUCAUAGCUGGAGCCAACGUGAGCAUGCCAUCAAUGACGGUGCUGUCGCAAAUAGGAUCAUGGCAGAGAGGCUCUGCUUACCGACCAGCAAUGCCCGGAGACGGUUCCUACUUCCGCCUCACGAUAGACUCUUACGGAUUGCGCGAGAUUGAGCGACUAGCAGACGUUCCACCCAGAAGCCCGAUACGGAGCGAGACGUACGCCUACGUAGUCGGUAGCUUUGGGCUCGGUCGGCUCUAUCCACACAAAUUGAUGCCCCCAUUGCGAUCGUGGGAUACACCAGGGCCACCCGUACUAACCGAUGACCAGCUCUCGCCCGAUCUGCAGCCGAUAUGUCCGCGCUUGGGCACGAUUGAAACCCGGCAUUCGUUUGGAAUUACCUUUUUCAUUUCGUCUGGCACGAUUGCGGCGAUCCAUGCUCACACCAAGCAGGCCCCGUCAGCCUACUCGUGCUUCCAGCGCCUCAAUCCCGUCAAGAAGAAAUGGGUGGCUUGGAUAUUUGUGCCAAUCUGUGGUGGAAUUGAUAAGUUUGGAUUUCGUAUCCCGUUGCUACCCCCUGGAGCCACAUUGCCUCAAUUUGCAGGCAGCCUACUACUACGUAUGACUCUUUCCGGAGAAGUCAUGUUGGGACCUUACAUGGACUAUGGCAAGGAUUUGUGGAUGGAAGAUGAUGCUACUACCCUGAUACAUGGCAUAUCCCGAAUGGGUGCCGUGUAUCCACUAGGAAGGGCAGCUCGGAAUGCAGAAGGCGAGGAGGAAGAAGUUUUCUAUCAGAACCCGAUGAACCUGUCGCCGCCGUUUGAGCAUGCGUAUUUUUCCUACGCGGAACUUGACGAGGUGACCAACGUGGACAUCUAUCACGACGAGGCACUGGGCAUCUGCCGCGGCGUCGUUGUUGGGUAUAAAAGUGGCGGGGCGAGAGCGCUGGGCCAGUGCCGGGUCGGGGUCGACACUGUACGAGUGUAUGAGCAACCAGCUUGUUUCUGUUACAAGAAGACGACGUAUUUACGACAAGACACGCCUGUGGAGCGAGACAGCGUCAGCAUUGAAUGCAGGAGCAGUGCAGAUCACGGCCACUCAGAGGAUGGAUGGACAUGCUGCAAGUUUCCAAGCAGGCUGGAGUGGUGGUUUACAAGCGAAGAGUCACGCAUCUCAUUUACACCAGGGCGUGCGGGCUGCAGAUGA